UCCACGUUAAUCCAGAAUCGGUCACACGCUGUGGUGAUAAAACCACACACUGAUGAAGAAUUUGCCACUGAGCUUUCAGACUGCAUCACAUCCAAACCGUUAUUUCAUAUUCAGUGUCCAUUAGGAAACAGGACCAAUGCUUCAAACACAGGUGGUCCAGCUGGAGUCAAAGGAAUACACGCAGCAAAUAAAACAUCAUGGAGGAGAAACCACAGCCAUAAAAUAUGAUAAAAACAUUGUCAGAUGUAAUUGUCAACUUAUUAUAACCUUGCCUGAUAAAGUCAAAAGGUUUGGUGAUUGGCUGAAAGGGCAGAAUGUUAUCUUUCUAUUUAUUGACUGGAACUUGCGUGGAAUUGCUCAGGUGAUGUUUGUCAACAACUCAUUGAGUGGGUUAAUUAUUUUGGUUGGACUCAUUUUACAAAAUCCAUGGUGGGCACUGAAUGGUUUCGUGGGAUUGGUGUUCUCAAACUUGACAGCACUUUUACUCAGUCAGAACAGAUCUGAUAUUGCAGCAGGGCUUCAUGGAUACAAUGGCAUCUUGGUUGGCUUUAUACUGGCUACAUUUUCUAAUAAAGGAGAUUGGUAUUGGUGGCUGUUAUUGCCAGCAACUGUGAUGUCAUCAUUAUGCCCUGUGCUUUCAAGUGCUUUGGCCUCUGUAAUGGAAAAAUGGGAUCUGCCUAUUUUCACACUGCCUUUUAAUAUUAUUCUGUCGAUGUUUAUGGCGGCUACAGGACAUAACAACCAACAUUUUCCCCAGGUUCUCAUUCAACCUGUGGCUGGACCGUUCAAUGUCACAUGGGCAGAUCUCAGUGUUACCAUGCUUCUUAGAGCUGUCCCGAUGGGUGUUGCCCAGGUGUUUGGCUGUGACAAUCCCUGGAUUGGUGGUGUGUUCCUUAUUGCAUUAAUUAUCUCAUCUCCAAUUAUAUGUCUGCAUGCUACAAUUGGAUCCUGUCUCGGUAUACUCGCAGGAUUAUCCCUGGGUUCAUCUUUCCAGAAAAUCUAUGAUGGAUUAUGGAGCUACAAUUGUGUUCUGGCCUGUAUUGCAGUGGGAGGAAUGUUCUAUGCCCUUACAUGGCAGACCCACCUCUUGGCAGUAACAUGUGCAAUUUUCUGUGCAUACUUAGGAGAAGCACUGAUGAACACGAUGUCUGUGUUUGGAUUACCUGCAGGAACUUGGCCCUUCUGCCUUUCCGCACUUGUGUUCCUACUGAUUACCAGCAACAACAAAGCUAUUUAUAAAUUGCCACUCAAUAAAGUGGCCUCCCCUGAGGCAAACAGAAAAGUUUACAAGCAGCUGCUGAAACAUGACCAAUAUGCAUAAAAAGGAACAUUGUGUAAAAUUUUGGAAUGGAAGCUCGUUGUUUUGAUCCUGUGGGUAAAUGUAUGGUUCAAUCUUAAACUGCAUAUGGUGAAAUGCUCACUUGUAAUUCGGUACUUGACAUGUUAAUCAUGUAUCCAUGUUUUUAAUUUCAAAUAGUUUCCAAUACUUUCAAGUUAGUUUUAAGCUUAACUCAAACUUACAUCAAGGGGGCAGGCAUACAAACUGGUGAAAAUCAAUUUCAGUAUCAAUAUCAAAGUAAUUCACAGUUUCUUCUUUUGAGUGAGCUAGAGAAUAGAGACACUUUGCGAUCAUAAAAACCCCACAGUGUGGAAACAGGCCCUUUGGCCCUACAAGGAUACACCAGCCCUCCAAAGAGCAUUCCACCCAGUCCCGUUCCCUUACGCCUGCAACCCACCCAAUCUACACAUUCCUGAACACUAUGUGCAACUUAGCCUGGCUAAUCCGCCUAGCCUGCACAUCUUUGGACUGUGGGACGAAAGCAGAACACUCAGCAGAGACCCACACAGACACAGAGAGAACAUGCAAACUCUUCACAGUCACCUGAGGCGAAAAUCAAACCCAACUCCCUGGCGUUGUGAGACAGUAGUUCUAACCACUGAGCCACUGUGAUGUUUCAAGAGUCACUUGAAUACAGUAGGGGUUGGCUAGCAUCAAUGGACGAACGCAUAACGUUACUUUGCUUGAAAUUUACAUUUGUCUUCCUAUUCAUUUAUAUGAUGUGAACAACCUUGGCCAGGUUUCCUGUUAUUGCCCAUCCCUAACAAGGAUGAUAGGGAACCACCUUCUAGAACCACUGCAGUCCACAGGGGUUAAAGUUUCCAUUGUGCCUUUGGUACAAUUGAGUAACAUGCUCAGUUAUCUCAAAGACCAAUUAUCAAUUAAGUACAGGUGCCAAAGUAAUGCAUAUCUAACAUAGUGCUUUCAGUAUUGGUAUUGUAGUUUACUACAUUAACCUUGUAUUAAAAGAUUAACUUAGAGAAACAAAAAAAAGUGUGAAUCAACUAUUUUUAACUGAUUAAAACAUUACUUGUAGACAAUUUUCUACAAUUGUGCUAUUGAUAGAGAUAUAUAGCAUAUUAAGAAAUUGUGAACAUACAUCUCAGUUUUCCAUGCAUUUAAAAUGAAUAUUGUCACCAAAAGAAUGAAGCAAGUGCUUUGAGGGCUUUGCAGCAACCACACUGAUU